CAAUAUGUGAGCCAGCCGACCGUCCCCAGAAUACAUUUGCUCGUCCUCAAUGUAACCAACGGGGGUCGCCGUGACCAAUCAUACCAUGUACGCACUCAUCGUCAGACACCGAAAACUGAUCGUAGACCGAUGACUGGAUUAGCAGGAGUAGAUGGGGAAUCACCGAGAUCAUCAUGGGCGAUUCAACCGGUGAUCCUCAAUUUAAAGAAUACCUGGCCAUCGUACCCACGAAUUUUGUGUUAACCCAGAUGACUCCGUUUGAUUCCUUUGCUCCGCCUUAUUGACCAUGCCAUGUCGUUUGUCAGGGUCGCCUUAUCUAUAUAUCUCACCUUCCUGCUUCCUACUACCAGGCAGCCUGAUUUGGAUGGAGAAGGUCCGCUAUUUUUGCGCCCCAAGACAAUGAUACGGUUUGAGACUCGAAUGGCGGUGGUACUAGGCGUUCGUGAAGCACUGACGGUCAUGUGCGGUUCCACGAAUAGCUUCUGCAGCGUAUUUCAACUCGGUUUCAACCCGCGGGGUUCCUGCCAGCUGACACCGUGACUUGACCCUCAGGGGAUGAUUGAUCGUGCUUAUCAAUACAUAUCAAGAGGUCUAUAUCAUAGAUCCGGCGUGAACGAACUGAUGGUGGUCGUGAUGCUGGCUG